AUGCUCGAAGCUGCGAUGAAGAUUGACUGGAACGAACGCAUCGCCGCAAGGAGCGGCGAGAGGGGUUCGCCGCAAAGCAGUGCUUUAGCGGCGGAAGGUAACUCUCCCUCCUCCUCUUCCAAGUUAUCCUCUCUGACAGAAGAGGAGGAGGGAGAGCUGGCGUUUGCGAUAAUCGAAGAGACUUUUGCUCUUGUCGGAGCAUUCAAUCUCGCGGAUCACGUGCCGUGGUUGAGCUACUGGGACCCGCAGCGCAUAUACGCGCGUAUGCAACGACUGACGCCGCUGCUGCAUGGAUUUCUGCGCGCAUGCAUCGAGGAGAGACGACAGCUGCUGAAAAAAAACAAGAAUCAAAUUCCCAUUCGCGACGCGCCGAGUCCGAGCCAGACGGUAGCUGCGGACGGUACUAGCGGCGAAUCUGGGGAUUUAAGCGCUUUACGUAAUGGGGAUGGGGCGCAUAAGGAGGGGGUGGAGCGGAGCGCACCUGAAGCUGCGCUUGUUGAUGCGUUGUUCCAGAUCGAAGGGGAGGGAGAAGAUGAGAUGGAUAAAGACGAGAUGCUGAUGCUCGCGUUUGAAUUGAUGAUGGCGGGGACUGAUACCACCACGGUGACGCUGGAAUGGGCGCUUGCUGAGCUGGCGCAGCACCCCGACAUGCUGGAAAAGGUCCGUGCUGAGGUGGAUGCAGCGUAUGCCAAGUCAGCAAGUGGAGCCUCCGAAACUGGGGCGGCUGAAGCAGGAGGAACGGAUUUCAUGGUGUCUCUUCCGAUCAACGCCUGGGCCCUCGCGCACGAUUCGACGGUCUGGAUCAACCCGCACCAAUUUGACCCCUCCAGAUUUCUUGGCCCUGAUGCUCCUGACUUGACCGGGCAAAAUUUCAGCCUGCUGACCUUUGGUUCGGGCAGACGCGGAUGCCUUGGGUUGAACUUAGCAAUGGACCUGUCUUCCCGCCUGCUGGCGAAUUUUGUUCGCCGGUUUGACAUUGAGCUGCCCGAAGAUGUGCGGGCAGUUGGAGGAGUGGACUUCACAGAACAUUUUGCGUUAACCACAGUGCUGGCGAAGCCGCUCAGAGUGGUGUUGAGGGAGAGGAAGCGAGUGGCAGGGACGGUGGUGGCUGUUGCUGGUGCGUGA